GUCCUAAAUCCUGCUUGGAGUGUAGGGCACUGCACUACAUGACGUCUCGAGGUCCCUUCCACUCUUACAAUUCUGUGAUUACACACUUGUUUGUUGCCUUUAGUUCCAUUUGCCUUGAUUGUUAGAGAAUGUCUUCUGAUUUUUCACAUUUGUUAUGCUCAGAUUCAGCAAUUAUGUGGUUUUGGCACUUGACAUGACCAAAGUUUCACACUGAAGAGGCAGACUAUCAUGUAAUGGUAUAGAAAUCUGGGACUGUUCCAUAGAUAACUAUGUGAGCAUAUUUUCGUUUUGUAUUAGCAGCGGUUAAAUAAACCGCUUGUGUGGCAGCGGUUAAAUAAACACGAUCAGUAAUAUUAAUUGGAUAAAUGGAAAUUUGUAUUGUAGGUAUUUACACAUAUUCUUAAUAACAGAAACAUCUGUUAGAAUUGUUUUUACGGAGUACUCCAUUUAUCUUCAUAAUAAAGUGAUUUUAAAGGGAUGGAAUUUGUGUAUUUUAAGAUGUCUAAAUAUUUCAUUAACUAAAAUAUUGUUUUGAUUUGUUUAUCGAGCCUGAGUUUUAAAGUCACACAAUGCAAAAGAUUAGUAAAAUGAUACAUGUAAAAAACAUAUGCUAAAACUCGCCAUAUUAACAGUAAAUAUUAAAAUUUUAUAGUGACUCUAGUCUAAUAAGUGAACUGUGUGUGUGUUUUAAAUAGGUUAGUAUUUGGAAACCAGACUACUUGGCCAAAAUGAAUGCUAAAUAUAGACUGAAAGAGUCAGUUUCAUAGCAGUGUUUAUGGAUCCUGUGGGAGUUUACAGGGUCUAAAAGUGAGGGGAGAGGGAAUUACAAAGCAUGUUUUCUUCUCAUACUUGAUACUAGAUGACUUCUAUCCUGAAUUUUUAACUGAAUAUGUUAAAUUGUACAAUGGAGAGUUCUUCUCUGGAAAUUGACUUACUGGAUACCAGUGAAGAAGGAAAACUUUAUGUCGUUGAUUCUUUAAAUAAUCUAAACAAACUGCAUCUGUGUUCUGAUGGAUCUCAACACCUGUUAAGAACGCAGGAGGAAGAGAACACUGGCAGUUUGAUGACAUGGAGUAGCAUGAGAAGCCAACAUUUGUUCUUCGUCAUACUGAUAAUUAUUUUGAUUGUCAGUUUGGUGCUUGUUUCAUUUGUAAUAUUCUUAAUAAUUCACACUGGCAACAAGAUGAAUGAAGUGUCGAGCCAACUAGCAUUUGGAAGGAAGAAUACAGAAGAUCUUAAGAAUAUAAACAACAUGCUAUUAAAUCAUCUAAACCAAUCAGGAAUUUUGGAGAAGGAAGGAAAUCGCUUCACAGGUCAAAUGCCAUCGUCUCCUUAUCUUCGUAACUAUUUAUUUACCCAUUCAAAACUGGAAGCAACAGCACAUUAGAUCUGUGCAAUGAAAACUACUCUCAGUAUAUUCAUUUGCUUUCAACUGUACUCCCAUGUAACCAGGUGACUUAUUUAACUAUUCAGAUUUAGCAGGUGCCAUAACAAUCAUUGAAAAGCAACCUGAAGAAAAUGGAGCUAUUAAAACUGCACAGAUUUACAUCCUCUAUAUUUUCUGUUUUGUUCAAGCUUGAAUAUAUGAAUGAAACAUGUUUAGCUCUGGCCAUUUGACUCUGAGAUGCUUCACUAAGGCCCCACUCUUGCAAAUAGCUCCACAUGAGCAAAGUGUCUUGCAGGAUCUGGGCCUAAAUUUCUAAUAACUUCUAAAUUAAAAAUGGAAACUAGUACCUGAACCUGUUUAUAUGAGUAAAGUUUUGCAGGUUAGGCUUGGCUCCUGGGAUUUAUAAUGAAUUGGGUGUAUUGUUAAUCGUUUCCCACAUGGUCUAAAGGUCAGAGUCCCUAGGUUUUACUACCCACAGAAGAAAAUAGCUAUUUUUCUAUUUCAGGUUGAACCUCUGUAAUCCAGAUUUCCUUGGUCCGGCAGUGUUGGCAACUGCAUGUAUACUACAGGGCUGGAGAACUUACAGGGUAAAAUAGGUUGGCUGGGGCCAAGAGUGUUGCUGUGCUAGGGAAGAACAGAGCCUGAGGGCCAGCAGCUGGGAAUAGAGCCCUGCUGCUCUGGUGCACCAGGGGGUGGAGGCCAGGAGCAAAGUCCUAGAGCCUCAGGGCCAGUUGCUGGAAGUGGAGCCCUACUGGCUGGCUGCUGGGAGGAGAAGGGCCAGCACUGACCCCCCUUGGUCUGGCAAAUUUCCUGGUUUGAGCCUGGUCAGGUCCCAAGGGUGCCAGGCCACGGGAGGUUUCACAUGUAGAGAACAGUGCAGUUUUCAGUGAGAAGCGUUUCAAUGCAUAUCCUGAUCAGUGAGUAUUUUUACCAUGAACAAGUUCUACAUUUGCUUGUAUAUUGUUUGUAUUAAGAAGAUGACACGACUUCUAAAUAUACCUGGUUCUGCCUUGUUGUCUGAUGGUUUACUCUUGCAUCAAUAGAAAUAUCAAUGUGCUGCUUAGUUUAAAAUAACAAAAUUUUAUAUUAAAAAAAGUAAAUUCUGUAAUAUGACAAAUCCAGGCCAGGCUGGUAAUGACUGAAAGUGGCUGUCAGUUGUCAAAUGUUUGUGGCUUUAUGUGUUAGAUCAUGUUACUCGGAAAUCUGGAUCCAAGGCACUUCAAUAAGUGCCUGCCUAUAACUGUAAACCAAUUGUCAAUUUGGCUCACUUCAGUGGGUAACCAGACAUGGCUUAUGAUUGAGGAAUUGUCUCUGACAAUCACUGGACUCUACAGAAUGGACCAAUUCUGUUAACCUGUGACAGAACGUGGAUACGGCCUUCUGUUCAAAGGAUUGGCACUCAAGCAGUAAUUCUUUGAACACAAAUAUUUAUUUUAAAGGAAAUAAUUUUAAUAAUCAAGAAAGAAUACAUUGUGAUACAUGAUACAUAGCAUAACACAAAUUAGCAUAGCAUUUAGAAGUCUUGUACUAAGGCAAUGCAAUAGAUUACCCAAAACAUAUAGCAAUACAAUGUUGCAUGGUAUGGUAGACAUUGACCCCCCCCCCUUAUAUAUGUUUCAAGCCCCAAAUACAAUGCUAUAAUAUUGCUUAAAUAAUAUAAUAGAUAUUAUGCAUAAAUAUAUAUUAUAUAUAAAUAUUAAAUAUAACAAUGCUAUAAUAUUAAACCUAUUACAAUGUAACACAGAGAAACUGUACAUGUGCAAAUCAAUAUUACACCUUUGGGAACAUUACUAAAUAAUAGCAUUCAAUGAGUAAAAACAAUGAGAAUUUCUGUGGCACCUUAGGGUAUGUCUACACA